AAGAAGAAGAAGAAGAAGUCCAUAUCAGUGUAAUCCCUAAUGGGUAGCAUAAGAGGAGCGUCCCGGCUCUGCCGGCGUGGGAUAACGAGCGACAGCUACGCGGCAGCGACAACCGAGCCGAUCUCGUCCGACGCCGCCAAACCCUACGAGGAGAUACCCGGACCGAAGCCCUUGCCGAUUUUCGGCAACACCUGGCGCUUGUUCCCGAUCAUCGGCCAGUACACCAUAUCCGACACGGCCCGCAUAUCCCAGCUGUUUUACGAGCACUACGGCAAGAUCACUCGGCUGACCGGUUUGAUCGGUAGGCCCGAUUUGCUCUUCGUCUACGACGCCGACGAGAUCGAGAGGGUCUACAGGCAGGAGGGCCCUACGCCGUUUCGGCCCUCCAUGCCGUGCCUGGUGAAGUACAAGGGCGAGGUCAGGAAGGACUUUUUCGGCGAGCUGCCAGGCGUCGUUGGAGUGCACGGCGAGCAGUGGCGGGAAUUCCGGACGCGAGUUCAGAAACCGGUUCUGCAGCCGCAGACCGUUAAAAAGUACAUAACGCCGAUCGAGGUCGUCACCAAUGAUUUUAUGAAAAGGAUCGAAGAUAUCAAGGACGAGAAGGACGAGGUACCGGCCGAUUUCGACAACGAGAUCCACAAAUGGGCCCUAGAGUGUAUCGGCUUGGUCGCCCUUGACGUGAGGCUCGGCUGUUUGGGCGGCGAGUUAGCGCCAGACUCGGAGCCCCAAAAGAUCAUCGACGCGGCCAAGUACGCGCUGAGGAACGUCGCGACCCUCGAAUUGAAAGCCCCUUACUGGCGCUACGUACCGACGCCCCUGUGGACGCGCUACGUCCGCAACAUGGAUUUUUUCGUCGAAGUGUGCAUGAAGUACAUUGACGCGGCGAUCGAGAGGCUAAAGGAGAAGAAAAAGGCAAGAGGCGACGUACACGAGUCCGAGCUGUCGCUCGUCGAGCGAAUCCUCGCCAAAGAGACCGAUCCGAAGAUGGCGUACAUCCUUGCUCUCGAUCUCAUUUUGGUCGGGAUCGACACGAUAUCCAUGGCAGUGUGCUCGAUACUCUAUCAGUUGGCGACGAGGCCCGAGGAGCAGGAAAUCAUUUACAAAGAGGUGAUGAGCAUCGCGCCGGACCCGAGCGUGCCCUUGACCACGAGAGAUCUCGACCAGGCGCAUUACAUGAAAGCCUUCGUCAAGGAAGUAUUUAGGAUGUACUCGACUGUCAUCGGGAACGGAAGGACACUGCAGAAUGACAUGGUCAUUUGUGGCUACCACGUGCCCAAGGGGGUGCAAGUGGUAUUUCCCACAUUGGUAACCGGCUGCAUGGACGAGUACGUGGACGAUGCAAAGACCUUCAAAGCCUCGCGCUGGCUCAAGGACUCGGCCGGACAGAAGUUGCACCCGUUCGCUUCACUGCCUUUCGGCUACGGUGCUCGCAUGUGCCUCGGCCGACGCUUCGCCGACCUCGAGAUGCAGGUUCUACUCGCUAAGCUGAUACGGGAGUACAAAAUUGAGUACCAUUAUCAGCCGCUCAAGUACAAGGUGACGUUCAUGUACGCGCCGGACGGAGAAUUGAAAUUCAACAUGAUCAGCAGAAAUCGGCAAAACAGCCCUAAACCGACGAACACACGAUGAAAAUAUACUAAUAAUGGACAACACACGAUGUUAAUUAAAGCGGAUGAAAAUUUAUUCAACAUAUAAUAUAUGUAUGUAUGUAUGAGUUUACAUUCAUACAGGAUUGACAUAAAAAAAGCUCGAAACCAUAUGUUGGCAUUAUAUUGUACAAAAAUUACUUGCAAUGUGUAUAAUACAUAUACUAGAUUUAUAUGAUA